AUGAUUGAUCCUUAUCAAGCUUUUACGGACGAUAUUGCCAUAGACUCGAUUUUUACCCGUGAGAGUAGAUUUGUGGUGGCGGCAAACAAUGAUAGAGAUCUAUUCAACCUUUCUGCUAUAUCUCUUGUUGAUAAACAUGAAUUUUACUCCAAUAUUGCCUUUAAAAGCUCAAGCUUCAAAAAUAUUAAUCAGGCAUUCGGAGAUGGAUCCAUCAAUGAAAAAAAUGCUCGAUAUUGGUUCCAAAAAUUUCGUUCUGGCAAUUUGAAUAUCGUCAAUGAGCCUCGAGGAAGACCACCGGCCCAUAUUGAUAACGAAGAAUUAAGGACGACUGUGGUAUCCGAUCCACACACAACUAGUCGAACACUUGGGUCUAAACUAGGAACUAGUCAUACAGCUGUGUUAAAAUAUUUGCGUGCAAUAAAUGAAGUCAAAAAAUUGGACUCAUAUGUGCCGCACAAAUUGACGCAACUGCAGAUGAUCGACUGCAAAAGCAAGAGCGCAUCUUUGUUGCUUCACAAUACACGAUUGCCAUUUUUACACUAA